UGAAACUCGGUGCUCUGCUUCUUGUUUUUGCAGUAACUCCUCCAGAAGCACUGACUCAACAUGGCAGACAUUCACUCCUUGCUUUUCUCUGCUCUGGAUGAUCUGGAACGAGAUGAUCUGAAGCGCUUCAAGAUGUACUUGCAGCAGGGCGUCGCUGAAGGUCUAGGCCGCAUUCCGAAGGGUCAGUUGGAGGACAAGGGGGUGACCGAUGUGGUUGAAAAGAUGGUGGUGAGCUUUGGAAGAGAGGAGGCCCUCAGAGUGACUCUUCUGAUCCUGAAGAAGAUCAACCAAAAUGACCUCGCUCAACAGCUGGAAAAAGAAUACGAAAAGCAGAUCAGUGAACAGCAGAGGGAUAUGAGGAGGGCUGAGGCUGAGAAUCAGAUUGAGGAGCACAUUCAGAAGCUGGAGCAGGAAAUUGCUGAGCUGAGGAGGAGAAAUUCAGAGUUGGAGCAGCUUCCACUUGGGGAGGACUUUGUGAGCCCCACGCAAAGCUCCCCAACCCAGUUCCCAUCCAGUGCGGAGGAGGACACAUCCAACAAGCCUAAUCAAGCGACCAAACCAAAAGAGUUAUUGAAAAAAGAUGUGGUUAAACUGGAGGACAAGCUCAGGAGAGAAAGACUGAGUCUUAAAGAGCUCAAGGAAAGAAGACAGCAGAAAAGUCAAGAUUCUACACAGGAAUUGAAUUCCAAGUGCUGCGAUGUAAAGAAACCUCAGCCUCAGCCACGCUCUCCCCAAACAUGCGACAAGUCAGAUCUGCCCAGUUCUGUCUUAGUUUCUUCGUCUUCUUCUCCAUGUUCCACAGCCUACAAAGAACCAGAACCUUUGAUUCAGUGUAAUACCAGUCCUACCGGGUUUGUGCCCCAGAAUCCAACUCAACCCACUUAUCCUUCUGGAUCACCUGGAAGGUUCACAGCCAACAAUCCUACAGAGUCUUUCUCACCAACAAGUUCUACACGUGAAAGUUCUAUGAACAAGAAUCCAGCAGGACCUUCUUUUGUGUCCAGUUCUGUUUUCAGAAGUUCUACUACUUCAAAUCCAAGAUCAAAGUUCCCUCUGUCUUACACAUCCCAUUCCACAUUUGUUAGUUCAACCAUACAGAAAACAGCAGACCCAGUCUCCUUCUCCAGGUCCUUGCCUCGUUCCACUGCUAUGCCCUCAACAGGGUCUCAGCUGAGGAAUGUGCCCCACUUUUCACUGGAGGAAGCUUUGGACUAUACCUCAUCCACUCCUCAGUUCAUGCCCAAAACUGCCACCCUUGCUGCUGUACAGCAGGACCUUCUGAGAAGUAGACCGGGAGACCUUCUCAACAUGCCAGGGAUGUUCACAGGGCCCUCAGGUGUCCUGGGAAGCCCACAACUCACAGCUGGAACUCACCUAAUGAAUUCCAAUGUCAUAAGAGACAUCAGUGCACUGCAUUUAGGAGUCCCCCGGUCAACAGGAAAGCGUCUUUCUCUGCCUGAUAUCAAUACUUUUGGUUUAUAA